AUGCUGAGCAUCAUCCAACCAAACGCUAAUUCAACAGAUCUCAAACUCACCUCACUUCCCCUACCGAGUAUCAAUUCAUCACUGGGAGAACAUCUGAUCCGUGUAGAGGCAUGCGCGCCAUGCGCUGGGGAACUCCUUUGGCCAAAGUACUUUCCUCCGCCAAGCCCGCGUGAUUUAAUUCCCUGUCCCGAUGUAGCGGGAACGAUUAUCUCUGGACCGGAGGAUUCGCCAUUCCAACCUGGCGAUGUGGUUUACGCGCGGACAAACUACAUCCAUCCAGGGAAUGCGUGCGAGUUCAGUAUUGGCGUCACCGACGAAUUAGCCCACAAACCCAAAGGAUUGAGCUGGGUUGAAGCUGCCGCAAUCCCAGUGUCGGCCGAGACGGCUUGGCAGAUUCUGUUUAUCCAUGCAGGCAUCGCUGGUGAGACGGAAGCAGACUUUACUACAGCCCAGGACGCAUGGAGAGGCAGGAGGGUGCUCGUUACUGCGGCGUCUGGUGGAGUCGGCAUGUGGGUGACGCAGCUGGCUACUCUGCUCGGUGCGGAGGUCAUUGGGACAUGUGGCGCUGCGAAUGUCGCUCUUGUGCAGUCUCUCGGCGCGAAGGAGGUGCUUGACUAUCGGCGCACUAAUCUCCGUGAAUGGGCGGAACAGCCCGGAAAGAAAGUGGAUGUCGUGAUUGAUUGCAUUGGGAAGCAGUCUCUCGAGGAUGCUUGGUGGACUAUUCGUGAUGGAGGGGUGGUUCUUAGUAUCUUUCAGCCACCGAAGCAGGCUUGCCCCAGCAGCUACAAUGGAACUGGAGUGAAAGACAUGUUCUUUGUGAUGGAACCUGUCAGAAGACACUUGGAGGAAAUUACGAAGCUGAUUGAGGUUGGUAAAUGUCGCGGGAUGGUGGAUAGUGUAUGGCCCCUAGAGCAGUAUGAAGAGGCGUUCAAGCGAUUGGAUACUGGACAUGCGAGGGGGAAAAUUGUCUUUGACCUGUCGCUGAACCAUUAG